ACGGAGCAGACGAGUAAAUUGUUGCAACAUACCCUUCAUAUGUAUAUUAAAUCGGAUCAGGUAAGAUGUGCCCGACAGAGGUCAUGGCGGUCUCCCUGGCCUCCAUUAUCAGGUUCCACAUCCUCAUCACAGAGCACUCCCUGCAAGACGAAGCCACGGCGCUCUACGUGGAGCCCGACGACAACGAGGGAAGUAUGGCCGAUGACGAAGACUACGGGGUGGCUGACGGGAUUUCCCCGGAAGGAGCAGGGACUGGAGCCACGUCGUUGUCCGACGGUAGCGUGGGGGCAUACAGCUUGAGCUCCGUGCCAGGGAAAGAGAUCAGCGAGGGCAGCGAGAACAGUGAGGACUCUGAGCGGGGCAGCCCCAAAACCUAUGCCGCUGCAGAAGAGGACCAGAGGGAGAGUUCAGCAGACGAAGAAAGCGAAGCCUCAUUGGGGGAAGAAGAAGAAGAGGAGGAGGAAGAUCAGGAAGACUCAGAUGUGGAAGAUUGGACAAUGGACUGGUGGAUAAAAGAGGUAGAGCAGCUGGAAUGGGGCAGGACGAUCGAGUGUGAAAUCAGACUGGCCCACCACAAGCACUUGAGGAACCUCCAACAAGCCACACAAGCAGGGGAAGAUAUCACAUCAGAAAACAGGUUUGAACUGCUAAGGAGAGAAGGAGAAAUCAAUGAGUUCUACGAAUCCCAAUACGCAAGAAAGAGUUGUACAGUAAGGAACGAGAUCCACAUACAGCAGGAGGAGUAUGGGAGGUUAUUUCAAUGGCCAAAGACCUACCACAACAAGGAAAGGAAGAGGGACAGUAAGAAACGAAAAGCACAAAUGGCAGAGGAGCAAGGCAGUACAGCCAGUGGUGGGAAUGAUUCAAUGGAUGGUGCAGCAAUGGAGGUGGAUCAGGGGAAGAGAGAGAGAGAAGAGGAGGAGGUGCAGGACUUGAGAAGGCAAGCUGCGAUUUUGGUGGUGCAGGUAAACCUACUCAAGGAUGAGAACAGAGAGUUGGAGGACGACACAGUGAACGUGCAAAAAAUAGCAAAAGGUCAGUGGAAGGAGAUAGAAGCUGCGGCCUGUCUGGAAAUCAAGAAUGAGACAAGGAGGAGAGUGGUCUUACCCUGUAGAUGGAAUGCAAGACACUCGGACUGGGAGGUGGCAAUCAACCAAUCCUUACAGUUGUUAACGGCCCCGAUCGAACAAUACUCAGGCCCGGAUCUUCAGAGAUUAAUAGGGGGAGAGGUGCCAGCUCGAGCGUUUUUAUUGAGAGAGGGAGAAGAGGAGCCGAUGGCAAUAGGGGAGGAUAGCGAGGAAGAGACAACAACCGAUUUUGGACCGCUGCUACUUCAAAUGGGGGCUGAUUCCGAGCUCAGGGAGGGCUUGAUGUGGAUGCCGUGGCAGGUGGUGGAGACCAUCCCCUAUGGGUUGCUGGGGGGGCAAUUAGGCGCGGAAUGGGUGGCGAGGUGCACAACGGUCGCCGUGAAAAUGGAGGCUUUCGCUUGGAAGUCAGAAUUCUUCGAGAAGAGGGUAAGUGAGGUAGCAACAGUCUUAGAUCUCACCGCACAAGAUACUUGAAAAUGGAAAGAUAGAUGAGGAGUCCUCAUUCUAACGAGGAGACCCAAUGCCGAGAGGAGAGUUAGAAAGACCAAGAAAGCAGAGAAGAAGGAACGAGGGGGGUACGGGUCUACCGGAACUCAAAAUAGCGUCAUGGAAUGUGAAUGGGCUAGUCGGGAUUUUAGAGAAUGGAGACAAGUGGCAAAAUGUAGUAAAUUACUCAGAAUGGU